AUGAACUCUGAAGUUGAAAUUUUUUAUUCAACUUUCGAAAAAAUUAGUUCCUCAUCAGAAAGGGCAACAAUAUUGAAAUUCGGGUCAUGUACUUGCAUGAUGAAAUAUACUAAUAUCAUUAAAAACAAUUAUGAUUUCCCUAUUAUAGAGAAUGAUAACACCCCUCUUCAUGGAUAUCGCUGUGUAAUAUUGGACAAUAAUCCAGAAUUAGAAGGGCCGCGAGGAUAUCUAAUUUCAGGUGCAAGGAUUAUUACUUUUGUGGAAUCGUAUAUUGCAAAUAAUGGAGAUCAUUUGCAAGCCGAAUUGAAAAUGGGCUCAGAAAACAGUUUCUCAAGAACUAAUGCAAACCUGAAACGCGACGAUUGCGAUGGCUUUGCAUCAACAAUUUUGAGGAUGAACGAAAGAAUCUGUCAACCUUCUUUUGAAAACGAGCAAGAGCAUUUCCUUGCAAAAUUAGUUGUUGUUAAUAUUGUAUCUAUUUCUCAUAAAAAAUGA